AUGGAACUAACAACAGAAGUCACUACUGAAGCUUUAACUACCAUGGAACCAACAACAGACCUCACUUCUGAAGCUUUAACUACCAUGGACCCAACAACGGACCUCACUACUGAAGCUGAAACUACCAUGGUCCCAACCAUAGACGUCACUACUAAAGCUGAAACUACCAUGAAACCAACAACAGAAGUCACUACUGAAGCUUUAACUACCAUGGACUCAACAACAGACUUCACUACUGAAGCUUUAACUACCAUGGAACCAACAACAGACCUCACUACUGAAGCUUUAACUACCAUGGACCCAACAACAGACCUCACUUCUGAAGCUUUAAAUACAAUGGACCCAACAACAUACCUCACUACUGAAGCUUUAACUACCAUGGAACCAACAACAGACUUCACUACUGAAGCUUUAACUACCAUGGAACCAACAACAGAAGUCACUGCUGAAGCUUUAACUACCAUGGUCCCAACAGCAGACCUCACUACUGAAGCUGAAACUACCAUGGAACCAACAACAGAAGUCACCACUGAAGCUUUAACUACCAUGAACCCAACAACAGACCUCACUACUGAAGCUGAAACUACCAUGACACCAACAACAGAAGUCACUACUGAAGCUGUAACAACCAUGGAACCAACAACAGACUUCACUACUGAAACUUUAACUACCAUGGACCCAACAACAUACCUCACUACUGAAGCUGAAACUACAAUGGAACCAACAACAAACGUCACUACUGAAGCUGUAACUACCAUGGAAACAACAGACGUCACUACUGAAGCUGUAACUACCAUGGAACCAACAACAAACGUCACUACUGAAGCUGUAACUACCAUGGAAACAACAACAGACGUCACUACUGAAGCAAAAACUACAAUGAACCCAACAACAAACGUCACUACUGAAAUUGAAACUACCAUGGACCCAACAACAGACGUCACUACUGUUGCUGUAACUACUGAAGACAUGGCAACUACGAUGGAUUCCUCAACAUUUCUGUUCACAACUCCAUAUGCUGAUCAAUGUGAAGUAAUACUAGGAUAUGAGAAUGUAACCGUACAGAUGGCUCAAAUUCUUGAAAAUGAACCUCGUGGAACAUUUGUAAUUGACUUAUUAUUGAGGGAACAAUACGCAAGCUAUGACGUCAUAUAUGAAUUUGCUGAAACAGUUGAAAAUUUCGCUAUUGAUGACAAUGGCAUUGUGACAACAUUGUCAUCGUUAGACAGAGAAAGAGAAUACUCGUUUCACUAUGCGGUCAUUGGCAGAAUUAUUAAUGAAAGUAAAUGCUUCAACUUACCGGUUGCUAAAGAGCUAUUUAUCACUGUCCUAGAUGUUAAUGACAAUUCUCCCCAUUUUACAAGUGAUGUUUAUACAGGCUUUGUUGAUGAAAACUCAGAUGUAGACGCGAGUGUUACUAUGAUAACACCAAUCCAAGCAAUUGAUAAAGAUGAAGGUAUGAACGCAGCAAUAACAUAUUCACUGAGCGGUCUAGGAAGUGAAAUGUUUCGAAUGAAUCAGUCAACAGGGGAAAUAACCACAGAUAACAAAGACUUAGAUUAUGAAGAUACUGCAAUAUACAACCUUACAGUAACUGCAUCUGACUGUAAUGGAGGACCUGGAAGCCUACAAAGUAAUGCAUCUAUUGUUAUUCAAAUCAAUGACCGCAAUGACAAUGCACCCGUUUUUGAACAAUUUCUCUAUGAGUACAUACUAGAAGAAGACACAGAAAUUGGACAUAGUGUGGAUUCAUUAGUAGCUAAUGAUUUGGAUGAUGAAUUAAAUGGGCGUGUUGACUACUACUUAGAAGACGGUGAUCAUGGGGAUUUCAAAAUAAACAAAUAUACGGGAGAGUUGUAUGUCACAGGAGAAUUAGACCGUGAACGGACACCUUUUUAUAUUUUAAAUAUCACUGCAUGUGAUAACGGCAAGACUAUCUCACAAACAAAGACGACUGUUAUUAUAGAAAUAUCGGAUGUCAAUGACAAUGCCCCUUCAUUCACUCAAGAAGUCUACUCCGGAAAUCUUCAAGAGAAUCUCAACAAUGGAAGUUAUAUAAUAUCUGUCUCCGCUGAGGAUCCUGAUUCAGGAAGUAAUGGCGACAUUAUUUACAAACUGGAUACUAAUGAUUUCACUAUUGAAGAAGUUACAGGGAACAUAUAUACUAACAGAGUAUUUGAUUAUGAAGUUACCCAAGAUAGAUUACACACGUUCAAUGUGACGGGUAUGGACAUGGGAAUGCCGUCUCGGAUAUCAUCAUCAUUGGUGGUGAUACGUGUUUUAGAUGUAAACGAUAACCCCCCAAUGUUUACACAAGACCAGUAUAAUGGAACAAUAUUAGAUGGAUCACUCACAUAUUCACCAGUAGUUGUAACACAUGCCUUUGAUUUGGACUCAGGCGAUAAUGGAGAUAUUUCAUACCACAUAACAGACAAUACAACAUAUUUAUUUGAAGUCGAUUACAAAGGGGUUGUAUACCUAACUGAUGAUGUAGCGUAUGAUGAUCUUAUCCAGAUUCUUGAUCCUCAGGAUUCUUUGCAGUUUUCAGUUGUCAGUCGGGAUAACGGAACUCCGACUCUUCUGAGUAAAACAACUAUAUUUGUCACUAUACUAAAAAUGCAAGACAAUUCAAACACUACAUGUGUGUACAAUACAUCAUGGUGUGGUAGCUUUUCAUAUACGUUUGAGAUAGCUGAAAAUUCACCAGUACACUCAGUGGUAGGAGAUAUAUCAGAUGAAGCAGCAUCCAUGGUCCUGCCAAAUUAUGACAUCCUAGAAGAAUCAGCAAGACGGUUAUUUGGGGUUGAUUCCGGGAUGAUACAUAUUGUUGGUAGCAUAGACCGUGAAAUUUAUGAGACAGUCAUUUUUACUGUUGUGAUCAGUGCUAAUAGACCUGAUAUUAUUAAAUACAUUCCAGUGUAUAUUUUAGUCACAGAUGUCAAUGACAACGUGCCCAUAUUCAAUCCACUUUCCUACAUUGUGACAUAUUUAGAAUACACCCCACCCGAUACAAUUAUAUCCAUAAUAUAUGCUAGUGAUAAAGACGCUGGCAUCUACGGGAAGUUGACUUAUGCAGUCAAAUCUCCUGCUCAGGCUUAUUUUUUUAUGGAUAACAAUAUCCUUAAGAACAGUCAGAAACUUGUCAUUGAAGAGAUGAUCGAUGCAGGAUUACAAAUAAACAAUGGGGUACUAGAUAUCAAAAUCGAGGCUCGUGAUGGUGGGUAUGUAUCUACAGAAAUCGAUGCCAAUGUUAAAUUAUCAAUUAGUGAGGCACAACUCGAUUCUGGUGGUAGAGAUUAUCAGAACUCAACAGUAUUAGAGAACAGCCCCGCUGGGACAAAUGUUACACGAGUGAGCGCAGAGGGAUAUGAUGGAUAUAACAUACUCUAUGAUUUCUCACAAAGCAACAUUCGGAAUUUCAAUAUCAACAAUUAUACAGGUGUGGUAACAACGACAGAACUUUUAGACAGAGAAACACGGGAUACUUAUAGUUAUGAAAUUGUUGCAAAAUUGGAAGGCGAGUCAGCAUGUCUUUUUGAUCCGGUGGUUGCAGAGAUUCUAAUAACUGUACUGGACGAAAAUGACAACAGUCCACAAUUCUUAGAAACAUCGUAUUCAGGAACGAUUGAUGAGAACUCUUCGUCAAACACAGUCGUGACAAUGACGAAGGACAUUCAUGCAACUGAUAUUGACUCUGAUUACAAUGCAUUGAUUGUUUACACACUAAGCGGAAUUGGUCAUGAAAAGUUUAUGAUAAACAGCAGAACGGCAAUAAUUACCACAUCUCAUUCGGGGGAUCCAGGCCUUGACAGGGAAACAAACAAACAAUACGAGCUCCAGGUGACAGCAUCGGAUCGCAACGGGGAACAUAACAGUCUGAGUAGCAUGAGAACAGUAACUAUCACAAUUUUGGAUGUAAAUGAUAAUCAUCCCCAAUUCGAACAACAGACAUAUAAGUAUUCUAUUGAGGAAAAUGUGAGAGUUGGGUUUGUAAUAGAUACAUUGACAGCGACAGAUGCUGAUGAAGGGAACAACGCCAUAAUUAGUUACUCUAUAGUAAAUGGAAGCAAGGACCAGAACGAGGAAGCUGACGAUGGAACCAUUGUGCUUACAGUCUUUGCUGAGGACCGAGAUUUAGGCAGCAAUGGAAUUGUAACAUAUAGUUUAAGCAUAUCUAAUUUUACUAUUGAUUCAAACACAGGGGAAAUAUACACCAGCUCAAAACUUGACUAUGAAGAUCCUGAAGGAAGACAAUACGAAUUCUACGCCUAUGCCAGAGACAGUUCACAUCCAUUCCACACGUCUACAUCAACUGUCAUAGUCACAAUUAAAGAUAUUAAUGAUAAUUCGCCACAGUUCACUGAUGACAGAUAUAAUGGUACAGUAGAGCAUGGACAGCGUGCUGAACACGUAGUACUGACUGUAUCAGCUACUGACAAAGACAGCGACGAGAACGGACGUAUAUUGUAUCAUAUUAUAAAUAAUAGCACUGACUUGUUUAAGGUCGACAAUAGAGGUCUAAUACAGCUGAAUGGAGAGAUUAAUUAUGAAGAUCUACAGGAAAAGCUUGAUGAAUACAAAUCUCUUCAAUUCACUGUAGUAGCGUCAGAUGGUGUACUUAGUGAUACUGCUCUGGUGAAUGUGACCGUAAUUAAAGAAGUGGAUGAAAGAUUAGAAUUCCAUCGCCCUGAAUAUGAAGUGACAGUAAUGGAAGAGCAACCAGCACCUGUUUACGUCUUAACAGUGUCAGCAGGAGUUGAUAAUGAUGACAUAAUAUAUGGUUUUACACACAGAGUGGAUGCAUUCUCAAUAAACAUAAGCACUGGCGAGAUAUACACUGUGGCUAAAUUGGAUUAUGAAUUAAAUAAGCAUCAUUCUUUUUCUGUUGUCGCAAUGGAUGCCGACCGUAACAGAGAACCACGACAAAGAAUGACUUACACUCCGGUAUUGGUUAACGUCAUAGAUGUCAAUGACAAUUCACCGGCUUUUACUAAUUCACACUAUAUGAUGACAAUGCUAGAAGACGACUACACAAUUACGUCUGACACUGUGAUUGGAAAAGUCAGCGCAAAUGACAAAGAUGAAAAUAUCAAUGCUGAAAUAUCUUAUCAAAUAAUCGAUGGAAAUCUUGGCACUGUGUUUUCCAUGGACGAGGUUGAGGGGGACAUUUAUGCAGUUGGUCCCAUCGACAGAGAAUAUAAAGCUAGUUAUAGUCUUAUUGUAAUGGCAACAGACAAUGGGUUACCAUCGCGAAAUUCUACUACAAAUGUUCAAAUCAGUGUGGGUGAUGUUAAUGACAAUGCUCCCACAUUCACACUACCUUAUUACCAUGGGGAUGUAGAUGAAAAUACAGUAGAUGAUAGUGUUAUAGUUUUUCUGUUGGCAACUGACUCCGAUCUUGGGGAAAAUGGAACUCUCUACUACAGUAUAGUUGAUGGGAAUGAUGGGAACUUUGCAAUUGACGAAUUUACUGGCGAAAUAAUCCCUUCAAAUAACGCCAGCAUUGAUUUUGAGCGUACAAGGUAUUACAAUCUCACUGUUAUGGCGAAGGAUGGGGGAGUUGAACCUAUGACAUCGACUGUUACUGUACAUAUUGAUAUACAUGAUGUCAAUGACAAUGCUCCAUAUUUCACCAGUGAAGAGUAUAGUGUAGACAUACCAGCAAAUACCCCAAUAGGCUUCAUUGUGGUAAAUAUUACAGCUGAAGACAUUGAUACUGGAAAUAAUUCACUUAUUCGAUAUUAUUUAGAGCUCCCUAAUCCAGAUAAAAACGUGUCUUUUGAAAUUGACGAAUUAACUGGGGCAGUGUCGGUUUCUAAGAGUUUGACUACUGGUGAUGAACAGCGUAAGCUGACAGUAGUGGCGAAAGAUGGUGGCAACCCAACUCUGAGUAGUACUACUGAAGUCAGUAUAUUCAUCUCAGAAUUGAAUGUGUAUUCACCGAAUUUCAAACCAACCAAUUAUACCAAAGAAGUACUUGAGAAUGUUCCUACAGGUACAUCCAUUGUCACUGUAACUGCAACUGAUUUAGAUGCCCAGAAUAGUUCCCAAGGCGCAGGAGAUGUGUACUAUAAAAUAGUACAUGGAAAUGAUGAUGGAUUCUUUAAAAUCGACUCAAGAAGUGGAAUAAUUCGGACUAACUCUAGCAUUGACCGUGAGAAGCAGGAAACUGUGAGUUUGGUAAUACAAGCAUACGAUGGAGGUGUUCCACAGAGAAGCAGCACUGCAUCUGUGGAAAUAAUACUAUUAGAUGUAAACGAUAAUAGGCCAAGAUUUGAUCCAAGCGAAAUGGAAGUAAAACUGUCUCAUGAUUCGCCAAUUGGUACCUUUGUGAUUAAUGUGAAUGCAACAGACCCAGACAUUGAAGGAACAAUCACUUACUCACUGACGCCUAGUAUACCGUACAUUAAGAACCUGUUCUCUAUCAAUGAGACCAGCGGAGUUAUUGAAACAAAAGCUGAGUUCAAUACACCAGAAGCCGACUUAAAGAUAUCUGUGGAAGUGAACGAUGGGAUUUAUAAUAAUUACGGCCACUUUUCGGUGGUGGUCUACUACAACGAUUACAACAUCAACCCACCCAAAUUCAUCAGAGAUAUAUACAGAACAGAAGUUCCACAAGAUCUAAGUAUUGGUUCAGACCUCCAGUUGAAUAUUGAAGCAGUUGAUGAAGAUGGUGGUAGUGCUGGCAUGGUUACAUAUGAAAUAACUGCAGGGAAUGAGAGGGGUAUAUUUGUUAUAGAUAAGAACACUGCAGUAAUAAGCAGUAUGUAUCAAUUGGAUCCAUACAAUACGACAUCACUUUACAAUCUUACAGUGAAUGCUACAGACAAUGGUGAAAGGCCGAAAUCAAGUAAUGUAUCGGUAGAAAUAACUGUCAAUUUGACAGUUUAUAAUGACUUGGAAAGACCAGAAAAGUCACAGAGCAAAGCCACUGAAAUAUUAGCAAUCACUAUGACAACACUGGUUGUAAUCCUUGUAAUUGUGUUGGUUGUCGUGGUAGUACUACACGUAUUUCGAAUGAAGAAAAUUAAACAGAAAAGUCAGGAGAACCUCGGUCUACCAGCACCUAAUCUGCCACCUCGAAAGAAAGUAGAAUUCCAUGAGAGUAUGUACACUGCAACGACGCCAACAAAAUCAGAUGCAUAUAAGCAACCAAUUAACAAUCAAGAUUCCGAUGAGCAGCAGGAUUUAGGAGAAUACCUUAAAAUGAAUCCUGAUAAUAUUGAAAAUUCACAAUAUAUUGAAAUGAGAGAAGGUGGUGAUAGCGAAGGAGAAUAUGAAAACCGUGAAAUGUUUAGUAAAGAAGUGACGUCGUCAUCAGGAUCUGCGUCGUCAUCAGAAUCUGCUAUAGAGAAAGAAGAGAAUUAA